AUGACCGGGGGCGAGCCAGGAACCAGGACACAAGAGGCAGAGAAAUAUCGCGGCGACCUGCAGGAGGGGGACGCCUGGACUGGGGGGUACUACCAGGCUGCCGGCUGGGACUACCAGGCGUACUACGCCUACCACGCCGCCAGCGCCAGCGGGUUCCGGGACUACGCCGUGGAGAAGCCGGACGCCUACCGGGCCUUCCUGCAGUACGUGAGGCCGGGCACGGAGGGCACGGAGGUGGUGCUCGCGGACAAGAUGUGCUUGGACAGGCACGUGGUUGACUUGAUGAUGUGCUUGGAGUCGUGGCUGUGGCGCGAGAGCGGGCCGCCAGCUGUGUCUGGGCAGCCCUGGCGCCUGGCCAAGCUGAACCUGGCCAGGAACGACCUGAGCGACGAGAGCGUCGUGCGGAUCGCGGAGCGCCUGAAGCAGCUCGACAUCCGGGUGCGCAGGCUCGACCUGGACUCCAACAUGACCGCCGCGAAAGGCCUGGCGGCUCUGACGGAGUACGUGUGGAACUGCCAAGACCCGCUCACGGAGAUCGGGCUGGCAUGCAACGCGAUCGAGGUGGGCGCGGAGACUGAGGGCGACGACCCCGUCAGCGGGCUUUUACGGUGCCUGUACAACCACCCGGCCUAUCCGGCCAAGGCGGUGGGAUCGACCUCGGAAGGGGGCGACGUUCAGGUUAGCCCGCUGACUGUCCGGCUGGAGGGCAACCGCAUACACAAUGGCGAGCAGUUGCUCGAUCACAUCAGAAACAAGGGUGGUGCAAAGCACGUUCGGGUCUGCAGCUCCGCCGCGGUGUUCCAGGGCAACGGCGAGGAGUUCCUCGCCGUCCACCUGCCGAACCUCGCGGACCAGGGCAGCGCCGGCCGCUCUGCAAGCCAGCGCGACGACGGCUUCUUGUG